AUGAGGCUCCUGCUCGUCCUUUCUUUGGUCAUGGUGGCCAUCUGCCUGACCUCCGUUCACGCCUCUGCCGAUUCUUCCGAUUCUUCCGACACUUCCGAUUCUUCCGACUCUUCCAACUCUACCGACACAUCUUCGGGUUCCGAUGAGUCUGACAGCUCCAGCGGCGAAAGCUCGGAAGUUUCUUCCUCGACCACCACAACAACAACCACAACAACCACAACCAAAGCCCCAGAGACCCACAAGAGGGUCCAUCGCCGAAGACACCGCAUCAUCAGGAGAAUCAUCCGGGAGCGCGCAGCCGGUAGAAGACGCCGUCGUGGUUAA